AUGUCAAAAGACUUGGUCGCUGUAGAAAUAACAACCAACCAUGAUGAAUUCAAAAAGCCGCCUGUGACACCGAUGUUUCAAAUAUCUAUGCGGAAACAACUUCGCCGAAACUUGGUAUACAUUGGGGAUGCCAAAAACAUUGUAAAUGAAAAAGCAGCACUUGGAUCUCUGAAACCACGAGAACAAGUGGAACUUAAUCAGUUGUACAACAGCAGCCUUGCUGCCAACCAACACUUAAUUUCUGUAGUGGGACCAAAGGAGAGGAUACAAGAUAACCUCAACCUCAAGACAAGAUCUAGACUAAGAAAAGCAACUGAGGAUGCUGGUAUAUUUGGUCAUGCUGUUUGGACCACUUCAGAGCGAAUCAAGCGGGAGGAAGAGGCUAGGAAGGUGGAAGCUGAGCGUGAAAAUUUCAUGAGAAGGGAGUUCGAAUCAACCCUCUCUUCCCAUGGUGAUCAUCAUCCACAUCGGCAUCAGAACAUGGCCAAUCCAGCUGACACUGAUGCUCGGCACUCUUUUGGAUCGUAUAUACCCCCAAGCCCUCAACAGAGGCUAUUUGUUGCCAACCCAAACUCUAGAGACACUUCCACUGCAGGAAGUUUGCCAGAUGUCCGGCAGUCUGUUGGAUCACAUAUACCACCCGGCCCUCAACAGGGGCUAUUUAUUGCCAACCCAAACUCUAGAAGUACUUCUGUUGAAGGAAGUUUUCCGGAUGUUCGACACUCUUCAAGGUUACAUAUACCUUCAGGCCCUCAACAAACAGCCUUUGUCAUGAACUCAAACUCUAGAAACACUUCCACUGAAGGGCUUCCACCAAGUACUCGGAACAUGAACUCAAACUCUAGAAACACUUCCACCGAAGGGCUUCCACCAAGUACUCGGAUGGGUUCCAACUUGUCACUAUCCCAACAAACUGCUAUAACAGGGAGCUCUGGGCUGGGAAACUAUCCUAGGUCAGGGUCAGUCAAUACAGCUUCUUUAGAGGAUGAUGGAACACACUUCAGCAUAGGCUCAAGGGCUUCGGGCUCUUCUGAGAUGUAUCAACUGGAUCCAUCUACAGGACAUUAUUCUGGUGAACCUAGCAGUCCUCGGUAUCCUGCUAUGUAUAAUUCAGGACAAGAAUAUUAUCGCAACCAAACACAAAUGGCUACACCUUAUUCCUCCCACCCUCCCCCACAAGCCUCUACCAGCACAGACCGGCACGGAACAUAUCAUCACAGAUCAGAAGAUCCUGGACACCAUGAUAUACGACAUGAUGAUGCUCACAAACCUCGUGGUCACAGGAGUGCGCAUCCCGAAGCAAGGGCUCUGUUAAGAUCAUGUACACCGUGUAACCGUGCCAAGGCCACAGGGUGUCUAAGUGCGGAAGACGAAUGGGACAGUAGUGAAGUUAUUAACAACACCGCCGUUACGCCGUUAGUCCCCGGAGAGCGAGAGUAG